AUGGAACGUGUGAUUGCUCUCAUUGACAUGGACUGUUUCUUUGUUCAAGUAGAACAGCGUGAGAGACCAGAGCUAUGGGGAAAGCCAGUAGUACUUGCGUCGCAAGAUAAGGAAGGAGCACCAGGAAGGAUCGGUGUAGUAAGUUACGAAGCACAAAUUCUUGGUGUUGAACGAAAGAUGACGAUAUCACAAGCCAGAGCGGUAUGCCCCGAUUUGAAUGUGUGCUUCGCUUCUCAAGGAGAACACCUUGGCAAGGCAGAUAUGCAAAAGUACAGGGAUGCCAGUGCUGAGAUAUUUGACGUAUUUAACAACUUCGAUGAACGUAUUGUCGUCGAACGUGUUUCAGUUGACGAAGCGUUUUUGGAUAUGACGGAAUUAGUGGAUCAGACAAUCGUGGAAAUUGGCGUAGCUCAACUUUUGCAAGAUCUGACCAGUAACUUAUCAACUAUUCUACCAACCACCCAUGUGGCAGACGGAAAUGACCGAGGCAACGAAGAUGUCUAUGACCGAGAGGCGAGCGUGCGAAACUUAGCUGACAACAUAUAUAUGAUCCCGCGUUGUUUGAGCAAAUUACGACUUGCCGUGGCCGCAGAAGCAAUAGAGCAAAUACGUGCACGGAUAAAGGAGUCUACACAGUUUUUCUGUUCAGGUGGAAUUGCAAACAAUAAGAUGCUUGCCAAACUAGUGUGUGCACGACAUAAGCCUCGUCAACAAACUGUGAUUCCAUUUGAUUUCGUACCAGUCCUUUUCGAAGAGACUCCCAUUGGAGAUGUUCGAAUGUUGGGAGGGAAGCUUGGCAAUUCUAUACAACAAAAGCUGGGUGUGGGGACUAUGGCCGAUUUGGCAGCAGUACCUUAUGAUCUCAUUGAACGGCACUUUGGUGAUCAAGCACAAUGGAUCAGUCAGCUGGCCAAGGGACUAGAUGAUGAACCCGUAAAACCACGCAACAACCAGCUUUCCAUUGCAGUCAGCAAGACCUUUCCUGGGAAAAAUGCUCUGACCACCGUAGCUGAAGUACGCAGGUGGAUUGAAGGUCUGUCUAAAGAGCUGUCUAAGAGACUAGUAGCGGACCAAGUUAAGAACAAAAGAACGGCAGAAAAUGUAAUUUUUGGCAUACUGAACGAAACGCAUACGUCGAGAACUCUCAAAAUCGGAAGCGAACAGUGGACACCGCCUGUAUAUACUUUAUCCAUGAGCGCUUCUCGCUUUACUGAUGGAUUGAGCGUACAGUCGCAGAACAUCAUGGAGUGGAUAGAAAAACGCUUACAACUAAGCGAGGCUGGUCGAGGUUUAUUCCAGCCGCCCUCAACUGCACCGCCGGAACCGAGAAUAUUUGUUAAAGGUGUUUUGAAGCGACCUGCAGAUCUGGAAGAGCCUGAAGUCAAAGUGGAUGAGGAUGGAUGGCAGGUUUAUGAUCCAACAAAGUUUGAAUCAACAGAAGAUUCAAAUCAUGCACCUGUACUGCCCGCAGUAGAAUUGAGCGACAUUGGAGCCAUAUCGUCAUCUGUAUAUGAAGAACUACCGGCGAAUAUCAAAGCGGAUAGCAACGAUAUGUAUGAGCCGAUCAUACACGAUCAUUCGCGAUCAGGUCUGCUCGCGUUUAGCGGGAUCAUUCUCGCCCAGGCUUGCUCGACAAAUUCUGAGGGUUCCCAAUCGUGGACCACCCAAGUGAGGUGGUCAUCAUGA